CAACUGCUGAAUGGGUCGCUGGACGCUCCCAUAGAAUGCUUCAUCAUGCAAGGGGAACAUCCAUUACCUGCACCCGUCAUCGAAAAGUUCGCGAAGACAAGUGGGCAACUGUCGAACAACGUGUUUCUGCUCCACAAGUCCGGGGUCAUGACUACUGCUCAGGGACUGCGCAUCGCUUGCUUAGGAGGUAUCUACGACGCGAACCUGUAUUCAGUCUCAGAGUCCGCACACGGCUUCACGUCUCCGUAUUUUACCAGCUUGACCGUCGAAAAGCUCCUAGCAAACACCAUGACGAAGUCAGCUCCAACUUCUAAAACAAAAGAUACUUCGUAUGGUUCGCUAGCCGCUAUCAAAGCAUCUACAGCAUCCUCGCAGUACAUCGACGUCUUACUGACAAACCCUUUCCCUACGAACAUCACUGCGUUCUCUUCUGCACCGCUUCCCAUGCCGUCUUUUCCCUCACCACCAGGCGCAGAGCCUAUUUCCGAGGUAGUGCGACGGACGAAGCCCCGAUACCAUUUCGUCGCUGGUGGCGGAGGGAACUCAGACGAUGUGCCUCUAUUCUGGGAGCGUGAGCCGAUAGUAUGGGAGGAUGAGAGUGGACGAGUGAUGCGCUUUGUUAGCUUGGGUUCCUUCGGCCGGACGCCUGAGUCUGGGAAGAAGCAACGAUGGUUUUAUGCCUUCUCCAUCGCACCCCAAAUAUCGACGACUCCGGCCCCUCCUCGGCCAUCAAAUGCCACCAAAAAUCCAUUCACGGAACAUAUCCCGCAGAAGCGCGGAUUCCAUGGCGAAGACGGAGAUUAUCGCUGGGGCGGCCAGGGUAACAAGCGUAUUAGAACAGAGCCUGGUGAGCCUGGAAAGCCACCACCGACAUAUAAAUGCAAAAUUUGCGAGUCGUCGGAUCACUUUAUAACGGACUGCCCAGACCGAGCGAAGCCAAAGGAGGGCUACGUCUGUAGAGUUUGCCAAGAAACCGGCCACUUUGUUCGUGACUGUCCGGUCAAAAACGCCGUAGGCGACACCGGUGGGAAGAAGCCUCGCGAAGGCUAUGUCUGCCGGGCGUGCGGGAGCGAGAACCAUUAUAUCCAGGAUUGCCCGUCUGCUGCGGCUAGAGGACGCGGUGGACCUCGCGAACCUCCAAAACCGAUUGCUCCGGAUACAUGCUGGUUUUGCCUAUCAAAUCCCAAUCUUGCGAAACACCUCAUCGUCUCCAUUGGCUCGGAGUGCUACGUUACGCUUCCGAAGGGCCAGAUCAUACCGACGCAUACUGCGUCUGACUACCCCGACGCCAGGGUUUCAAACGCACCUGGUGGCGGACAUGUCCUCAUCGUGCCUAUCACUCAUUACCCCACGUACGCGACAAUACCUUCAGAUCUAUCAGGUCCAAUUGUUGAAGAGACCGAAAAGUACAAGCGCGCCUUACACGCCAUGUUCGCCAAGCACCACGCGCAUCCGGUGUGCUUCGAAGUCGGGAGGCUCAGCGCGAAAGGCGGACACGCGCACUGGCAGGUCAUUCCCGUGCCGUGCACAAUCUCGCCUGACACCAUCGUCGACGCCUUUAAGACCGAGGGCGAGCACCUGCGCAUCGACUUUGAGGACUUUGACGCUAGCGCAAACGCGGGCACCGGCGACCGCGGCUACUUCAAAGUCGAGCUCCCGGACGGCCGGCAGAUCGUGCACUGGCUUAAAGAUGGCGUACCAUUCCCAAUUCAAUUUGGACGUCAGGUGCUUGUCGCGCUGCUCGGCAUGCCUGAACGGUUCGAUUGGAAGGAGUGUGUACAGAGCGACGGGGAAGACAAGGAAGAUGCACAGCAGUUCAAGGAGGCGUUCAAGCCCUUCGACCCGAGUCUGUCAUAGCAGUCUGGUCCCGCUGAGCAUCUUAGAUUAUUUUACUAGUAUGUAUGUAUCAUUUUUUGUGAGGACAGGAGUGGCGGUAUGGUGGAAAAUGAGAUAUGCACAUCAGACCCAGCGCACGAUACCUCGGUCGAGGCCGUUCACCCAGAAGGGUUGUAGUACUUUUGGUAGGUUCAGAGCAACAGCUUCACCUGCGUCAUUGAGCACCGCGCCGUUCUCAAGUAGAGCUACAAUCAACCGCGGCACGGCGAUCGCGGUGCCGUUCAGUGUGUGCACGAAGGCCAUUCUACUGUUCACGACGGACUUUCCGGAUUCUGGGUCGAUGUCUUGUGUGUGCUCCAUGUACCGGAUGUGUAGCCGGCGUGCCUGAUAGUCGGUGCAAUUCGACGUGGAAGAAAUCUCGCCCCACUUGCCGCGCCCAGGCAUCCACGCCUCCAUGUCGUAUUUGCGGUAUGCACUUGCGCCAAGCUCUUCGGUCGGCAUGUCGAGUACCCUGAAUGUCAAGCCAAGUUCCUCAAAAAUCUGCGUCUGCAAGUUCUUGAACUGCUCCAUCAUGGCCUCGCUUCCCUCCGCAGUUGUGACCGCGAAGAGCUCUAGCUUUGUGAACUGAUGUACACGAUACAAGCCUCGUGUAUCCGUCCCGCUUGCACCUGCCUCGGCACGGAAAGCACGUCCGAGCCCGACGACCCUCUGAGGCAGGUCUUUCGUAAGGAAGUCCUUUCCCGCGAACAUGCCAGCAAGCGGGAUUUCCGCUGUCCCAGUGAGGACAAGCUCUUGCUGCCGGGGUGCAUCGGACGAGUUUUCGGGUGA